AUGGAUGAUAGUCUUGAAUCGCUAGUUAGGACCCCCGAGAUGGCGGAUGUUGAGGAUCUUCCUCGUACUUCGUCAGCCUCUGGUUCUGUUCCUCCGGCGAUGGCUCCUGCUUCUCAUGCGACGGUCCUUUCCGUUCCUCCGGCAACGGCUUCUUCUUUUGUGGAACCUGACGAUCGGGUUGACUCCGUGGGUGCCUUACCGUCUCCUACCCUCGGUGACAAUUCUGGGAAUGAUUCUGAAAAGGAACACUCUGCUGAUGAUCCUGUCGAGGGUAAUAAAGAGUUUGUUGGAUCUUCUCUCCUUACUGAGGAUGCUUUAAAGCGUAUGUGGAAGAAAUGCGGUUUUUCUUGGGAGAUCAAAGCGCAGAUUUCGCUAGAAGAGGAGAAACCGUGGUCAGCGCCUCCGGGCUGGGUGUGUUUGUAUAGUUUGUCUUUUCUUCAAUCGCGGUUAUGGUUUCCUCUUCCUCAGUUGCUAACCUCUUAUGCUACGAACCGUGAUGUGGCUAUCUCUCAAAUGUCUCUGGCCGCCAUUCGUAAUAUGGUAAUCGCUUUGGUUCGUGGUGCGGAGGUGGAUGCUGACGUUUAUGUCGAGUUCUUCGAGAUGUUCUCCCAGAUGAAUUUUACUAAGGAUGAGACAUUUUCUGUUAGCAUCAAGACCCACUGUCGCCUUAUGGACGGUCGGGGACCGUCUAAAGCCGAUGGAUGGCAGCGGAAAUAUUUCUUCUUGCGUAUCAGUCCUGCUUCUGUGGUUGAUUCUUCUGCGGUUUUUAGGACCGAAUGGAAUCCUCAGCCUGUGGGUCACGGGAAGCAUUGGCCUCUUCCGUCGUGGGCGAACGAUCGUUUAAACCGGAUUCUUGGCUCCGAGAAAAUUUCUUGGAGUGAUUUUAGCGUUGAGCGGGUUUGUCGGAGCAUUCCUCUUUCCUGGGGAGUUGGUUCCGGGCUUUCCUUGGCUGCUGGGUCUUCGAAUAGGAAAAGAGACGCUUCGCAUGGGAUCGGCUUCCGGUCUUCCUUGGGUGAAUCUAUAGGGAGGUGUCUCUUCUUCAGUUCUGAUUCCGACCCCGGCUGUCACCGUCUCUGCCGCUCAUGUAUUGAUCCCCCUGUUUCCGCUGUUCGCUCUUCUCCUGAUGAGCCGGUGGGUGAUCGUGAGCGAAUACCAUUGGUCGAUUCUCCUCAUCUUGGCGUUCCGACGACUUCUCUACCGGCGGUCUCUUCUUGUCCCGAUGUCUUAUCUGGUGGGGACUCUGGAGUAGCGGGUGCCAUCGAGCAGUUUUUGUUUGUCAUCGAGCUCUAUGCCGCAUCUAGAGGAUCUGAUUUUCUCCCGGGAUCGAAAAUACGGGGAAAUCAUCUGUUGGGGCUGUAUGAACGGAAAUGCAAACGUCUUUCCGACGAACUUGAGCUGGAGCGUCUUUUUUUGGCCGAGGAGAAGGAAAGAUCGUCUAGCACCUCUUUGUCAUUGAAAGGUUUGGAGGAGAACUCGUCGAAGCUUGAAGUCGAAAAUCGGGAUCUAAAAGUUGAGGUUGAACGCCUUAGAGGGGAUGUCGCUGAGCGGGAUUGUCGCGAGAAGGAGUUGUUAUCCCAGAAGUCGGCUUUGGAGGCGGAGAUGACGCAACUGAAUGAAUCCCGUACGGAGUUGGUAGAGUCGGAGAGGCGUCGUGUUGAGUCUGUUAUGUCUGCUCGCUUCGGUGGUUUCGUGGAGAAGGUGAGGAAGUACAUGUCUAAUCGGGAUGUUGUUCGUCCCCAGGUCUUGGCUGAGACUCAGCUUUCGGGUGUCUUCAGUUGCCUUAAGUUGUUCAUUGAAGAGGGGAUUCCUAUUCCUGCAGAAAAGCUGGCUGAGAAUGAGCAACCCUUGUUGGUGCAAUCGGCUGCCUUGGAUCAGAUGGAUGUGCAUGACUUGGAGCUUAGCGACCUUCCGUCCUUCUCUUUGGACUAG